GUGAUAGUAAUAAUGUGCACUAUCACACUGUAGCUAUCGUCUUCAUUGAACGACGUAUAAAUUAUUAAACAUAAUAUUUACGGUACAAUAAAUAUAAUAAAAUUAAAGAAAAUAUUUAUAUAUCUAGCAGAUAAGCUAUGAACUCGGGCCGAUAACACGCACGUUCAUCAUUUUCAAAGAAAAUAUUCACGAGCAGUCUGAUUAGUUUCUCGUUGAAUUUCGUGUCGUACAUUAGACUACUAAAUUUCAUGCAUGAGAACUUUGUACUAUUUUUUGCCUAUAAACGCGUGUCAUUCUCGAGAUACACAUGACAGUUCGUUACAUUUUAAUUAACUAACGUGACGUUAGUUAGUCAGUCGAAACUGACCUUUGUGCACGAAACUCUUUCAUAAUAGAAAAAUUUAACUCGCUAAGUUUUCUUAGAAACACCGUGAUACGAGUAUUUUCACAAUGAGUGUUACUUCAUCAAUGAAAUUUAUCGUUUCUGUUACUGCAGGGUCACAAAUUAAUAGUCUUUGAUGUCAACGAAUCAGCCGUGUCGAAUCUAACAGAGGUAGGUGCUGACAGAGCUUCGAGCCCUGCUGACGUGGUGAAAGAUGCCGAAGUGGUUGUGUCGAUGUUGCCGUCGAAUCAACACGUUCUGGACGUUUACAACAUUAAAAAUGGUCUAUUAAGUUCAGCAAAAAGAGACACACUGCUGAUCGAUAGCAGCACGAUAGAUCCAUUUGUCUCUCAAACUUUGGCGAAAGAGGCUGAAAAGUCCGGCGUUAAUUUUCUAGACGGUCCAGUGUCCGGAGGCGUGAACGCUGCCAAGGACGGAACGCUGACAUUCAUGGUCGGAGGCUCGAAUGAAAAUUUCGAACUUGCCAAGCCCCUCUUACAAACCAUGGGAUCUAGGAUUGUUCACUGUGGGGACGUGGGCAUGGGUCAGGUGGCAAAAUUGUGCAAUAACAUGCUUUUGGCCGUUAGCAUGAUCGGCACAGCCGAAGCAUUCAAUCUCGGGCAAAAAUUGGGUCUGGAUCCCAAGGUGUUAGCUGACAUUGUAAACUCGAGUUCUGGCAGAUGUUGGUCUUCCGAGUUGUACAAUCCUGUCCCAGGUAUCCUUGACAAUGUUCCGAGCUCCAAGAAUUACGAGGGCGGUUUUGGAGUGAGCUUAAUGGCCAAGGAUUUGGGAUUGGCGCAGUCUGCCGCAGUUAAUGCAGAAGCAACUAUUCCUUUAGGUUCCUUGGCUCAUCAAAUUUAUAGAGCAAUUAUUUCUCAAGGCUUUGCAAAGAAAGAUUUCAGUUUUGUUUACCAGUUUUUUAAAGGAACACGGUAAUUUUUAUUGUAGAAAUUUGAUAAUAAUGUAACUAAUAUACUGCCAUCUUUUAAUACAAUUUUUCAUACAUAGUUGACCGUUUAAAGGAUUAUUACAUAUUGAAUCUUUAUUUCAAAUUUUGAAACAUGUGGUUGCAUAGAGUGCGCUACGAGACAGAACAAUCGAAGCGUCGGUAACAGGUCAAAAGUAUUAAAAAAUUAAAACAUUAUAGAUUAAUGUUCUUUACGUUACAGGAUAUAAUAAUAAAUAGAAUAUAACGUAAAAAUCAAAGCGAAUUAUUUUAAAUUAAAGUUUUUUUUUUUACCGGAAUAUUAGUUCUCUUCUAUACCGAUCUCGUCACGCUGAUAUGUUUUUGUAUGUUAUUUUUCAGAGUUGUACUAUAUUUAUAG